CCACUGACAGCUGCUCUGCAAACAUCUGGCAGCCCUCCUGAGCCACGGCGGCUCAGCCCAACAGCCAAGCUGUUUUUGGACUGUUUUUGAAAGGAGCUCCUUUGUGACCGAGGGGAUCGUCCAGAAUUAUUUCAGGGAUAACCAUGCAGCUGAUAAGCUGUGCCAUACUGAGCGUGAUGGGAGUCGUGUGGUGGAUGUCUCAGUCCUGGCUCUGCAGCCUGACGGUGGGGACUGGGCUCUGCAUGGCCUGGAGGGGGUCCUGGAGGAGCGUUUUUAUCGCUCUACGCACCAUCAAAAGAGACCUAAUGUGUCUGAUUGUCAUAUUGAAAGUGAGGACUUCCAUGUACCGAAAUGUGCGAAAUAAAAGCACCAUUCCUGCCCUGUUUGCUCAGACGGUGGCACUGAAUCCAGACAAGCCUGCCUUGAUCUAUGAGGCCACAGGAGAGGUUUGGAGUUUCAGGGAUCUGCAGCAGCGCUGCCACGCCGUGGCUCACUGGGCCCGGGACCAGGGCUGGACCGAGGGGGACGUGGUGGCUCUGCUCUUGGAAAGCCACCCCGUGGUGGUGGCUCUGUGGCUGGGUCUGGCCAUGGUGGGAGUGGAGGCCGCGUUUAUCAACCACAACCUUCGGCAGCACUCGCUAUCGCACUGCGUCAGCGUGUCUGGAGCUCGAGCCAUGGUGUUUGGGACAGAGAUGACUGAAGCGGUUUCAGAGGUGACGGACUCCCUGCGUCCUGACAUGGUUUUGUUCAGAGUUGGAGAGCAGAAAGAUGAAGAGACACCCUCCAACAUCCGAGCUCAGAGUUUGGACACACUGCUAUCUCGUUCGCCAACACACCCACCAUCUUACAAACUCAGGAAAGAGUUUCACGACAGACUUUUCUACAUUUACACUUCGGGUACUACAGGAAUGCCAAAGGCUGCAAUCGUGGUUCACAGUCGGUAUUUCCGCAUCGCUGCUUUUGGUUUCCACUCCUUUGGUUUGCGUCCCGAAGACGUCAUCUACACCUGUCUGCCUUUGUAUCAUUCUGCAGGCACCAUCAUGGGUGUGGGUCAGUGUUUGCUCUUUGGUGUGACUGUUGUGAUCAGAAGGAAAUUCUCCGCCAGUCGCUUCUGGGAUGACUGUGUCAAACACAGCUGCACGGUAAUCCAGUACAUAGGUGAGAUCUGUCGCUAUCUGUUGGCUCAACCCGUCCAUCCGUCUGAGGCUCAUCACAAAGUCCGCGUCGCCGUGGGAAACGGUCUCCGCUCCUCGGUGUGGGAAGAGUUUGUCCAGAGAUUUCGGAUCCAGAGAGUCGGGGAAUUUUAUGGCGCCACCGAGUGCAACUGCAGCCUGAUCAACAUAGAUGGAAAAGUUGGAUCGUGCGGCUUCAACAGCCGCAUACUGCCCAGUUUUUACCCCAUCCGGCUGGUCAGGGUGCAGCGGGACAGCAACGCUCUGCUCAGGGACUCUCAGGGACUCUGCAUACCCUGUCAGCCCGGAGAGCCCGGGAUGUUGGUGGGACGCAUCAACGACGUCGAUCCGCUCAGGAGGUUCGACGGCUACGCUGACCGGGACUCCACCAGUCAGAAGAUCGCACACAAUGUAUUCCGGAUGGGAGAUUCUGCUUAUGUCUCAGGCGACGUGCUGGUCAUGGACGAAUGUGGCUACAUGUAUUUCCGGGAUCGCAGUGGCGACACGUUUCGUUGGCGAGGGGAAAAUGUUUCCACCACAGAGGUGGAAGGGGUCCUGAGCGGCCUGCUGGGACACACUGACGUGGCUGUCUACGGCGUGCCUGUACCAGGUGUGGAGGGAAAGGCUGGCAUGGCAGCGAUCGCUCACGCAGGAGGGCAGAUAGACCUUGAUGCGUUUUUGAGCACCGUACAAAAAGCCCUGCCUUCCUACGCACGUCCUGUAUUCCUUCGACUCAUGCCAUCUGUUGACACAACGGGUACUUUCAAAAUUCAGAAGACAAGACUGCAGAAUGAAGGAUUCAAGCCACAAGACACCAGUGACAAGAUUUAUUUUCUCAACAGUGGUGCUGGCGGUUAUGAAGCUGUUACUGAUGAACUAUUUAGAGCCAUAGUGGAGGGGGAGGUGAGUCUAUGAGGCCAGGAGAGGCGGAUGGAGCCUUUCAGUCUCUAAAAAUAGGCUUUUAUUCCUCAGAGGGAAAUGUGCUGAACUUUGUGACAAUUACAUCCUAAAUGUACAACGCUGUAUUCAGUUUUCUAUUAAAAUUUUCCGAAUAUGCAGGGCAUUCCUACAUUCACACCUUUCAUAUCUGUAGAAUGGCACCGAAUAGAACGGGUGGUGAGAAGAGAAUAAGAAUUCAGGAUAUUCAUGGAAAGAAAACCACAAGAAAAAAGGAAAUAUACCGAUGCUAAUUUCACUUUCAAGGAAAUAUUAAAAUAAAUACAUAUUAUAGUCAGAUAAGAAGCUCAGAGCAAAAAACAAGUUUUUGUGUCACAUUCUAGAAACAACUCAAAUUUAUUCUCACACGUGGUUUGAAACAGUACUAGUUUGUUGAAUAAUGUCAUUUAAAUUAUGAUUCCAGUUUUCAGGUCAGUGCAAAUUGCUGCGUGGUCUGAUUUGAAUGUCAAUAGCUUUGAAAUAUCUGAUCAAAAUCCAAACUUUUCUUCUUUUGUUCUGAUGAUGCAGCUAAACGUAAAGUCGAAGUGCCGUCAUUGGAGCCUGACUGGAAUAUAUCUGCACCAGAUAACACAGCAAAGUCCCUCACAGGCAGCUAAUAAAUUUAUUUAAAUAGAUUUUGAGCUGAAACUUCACGCGGUUACUUGCAUGACAAUUUCUGUGCUAUGACAAUGUUUUAGUAUUCAUGCAAGUGGUGCACAAACAGGACAGCCAUGAAAAUCCCCAGAGAAAUGCUCCAAGCUGAAACCGCAGAUGAAUUUGUAAUUUCUUGUUUACAAUUCAGUGUCGCUCCAGACCGUAUUUAUCAUAAACAUAGUCCAUUUUAAAGAAAAAGAGUGACGCCAUCUGCAUUAUUUGUCAGAGUUCUUGUGGUCGCCGUGCUGACCGUUCAUGUCAUUCAGAGCUCUGUUCAGCGAUACGUGAUAGGUCACAUUGAAUCUCUUGCCGUUCUGCUUUCUCGCAGCUGUUUUAUUGUUUGACGCCUUUUUAUUUUUUUGCUUUGGCUUCGCUGUCUUGACCUCUUUCACGGAACGGUUGGGAUUCUUCUUGUCUUCCGCUGAACGUCCGUUGACCGCUUUUCUGUUGCUUUCAUUCAACAAAUUGAUGAAGCCGUU